CACACAGUACUAUUGACCUAUUGUAGUCAAUGUUGGUAGCUUUGAACUGCUCUGCCGGUUCGGCUUCUCUGUAAAACUCGGAUCACAAAUGAUGCUGGAGAUGUAACAUCAAACCAUAAUUUCUCGUAUACAUAUCAGAAGAAAAUUCUAUAUGUUGUUCGAGAUAUGCUCAAUCUUGUUAGAAAAGAAAACAAUUAUAGUACAAAUUGUUUGGAUGUUGUUAUGUACUCUGAUUGAUUUUAUCUUCGGAUCAUGUCCAGGACGACUUUUGUUGGCUUAACUGCUACAUAUAAUGUACGUACUUCAGAAAUAUUCUUCGAGAAAAGGCGUAAAACUCUUCAGUGUACAGUUUUCUUUCUAGACGAUUCUCAAAAAACGUUUGAGAUUGAGAAAUGGGCAAAAGGGCAUAUAUUAUUAGAUCUUGUAUUCAGACAUUUGGAGCUUGUAGAAAAAGAUUAUUUUGGCCUUCAGUUUAUGGAAGAGAAAAUGUCUCCUGAAAAUAUGAGAUGGUUAGAUCCAAUGAAAGGAAUAAGAAAACAAAUUAAAUUUGGUCCUCCAUAUCUACUAUAUUUCCAUGUGAAAUUUUAUGUUUCUGAUCCUAGUAAAUUACAAGAUGAAUAUACAAGAUAUCAUUUCUUCCUUCAACUUAGAAGAGAUAUAAUUGAUCAGAAGCUUUAUGUUCCUCUUACAGCAGCCAUACUUUUAGCAAGUUAUGCAGUUCAAUCUCAAUUUGGAGAUUAUAAUCCUGAUGUACAUAAAAAUGGAUAUUUAUCAGGAAUCCAACUAGUGCCAAAUCAAACAGCUGAAAUACAACUUAAAAUAAUGGAACUCCACAAGCUUCACAAAGGUCAAACUCCAGCUGAUGCAGAAUUUAAUUUUUUGGAUCAUGCUAAAAGAUUGGAUAUGUAUGGAGUUGAAUUACAUCAGGCCAGAGAUUCAAUGAAUAAAGAAAUUCAGUUAGGAGUCACUUCAGCAGGUUUGGUAGUCUUUCAAAAUAACUUAAAAAUUAAUACUUUUUCAUGGGCAAAAAUACUAAAAAUAUCCUUUAAAAGGAGGCAAUUCUUUAUUCAGUUAAGAAGAGAAGGUACAGAAAGUUAUGAUAAUAUGGUGGGCUUCAAUAUGCUUAAUUAUCGUUCUUGUAAAAAUCUGUGGAAAUCCUGUGUUGAACAUCACACUUUUUUUCGACUUCAUGCUCCUCAACGUCCAUCUCGUCGUCUAUUUUUUGGAGUAGGAUCGAAAUUUCGAUAUAGUGGAAGAACAGAAUAUCAAACAUUGGAAGAAGGUAAAAAAAGUGCUAGACCUGAAAGAGAUUUUGCUAGGACUGUUAGUAAAAGAUAUAUGGGUCCACCUGUGCCUCGUGUAAUUCGUGAGGGAUUAGAUAUUUAUGGAAAGAAACCACCAAGACCAGUUACAAGGAUUAAUGGAACAUCACAUAUUAGACCAUAUGACAGUUUAAGUAAAAUUAAAAUUUCAGAAUCUCAUUAUAUUCCUCGGAAAGCAUGGUUUACUCCUUCAAGUGAUGAAGCUAAAGCAUUUGUACCAAAUAUUCCAUCAAAAUUAAUCCAUUAUAUGGAUGAUGAUGAAGAACAAAUUCUUGAAUGUACAAUAUAUGAACGUGAGACAAAGGUAGAGACCAAAAAAUAUGAAGAAUCAAAUAUUGUUACAGUAAGAAUGAAACCUGAUAAUCAAGGAAGAUUUGGAUUUAAUGUCAAGGGUGGAGCUGAUCAAAAUCUUCCAAUUAUUGUAUCCAGAGUUGUUCCAUCCACUCCUUCUGAUACUUGUGUACCAAAACUUAAUGAAGGUGAUGAAAUAUUAGCAAUUAAUGAAGCAGAUGUAAAUGGAAUGACUCAUGAACAAGUUGUAAAAUUAAUAAAAACAUCAUGUGAUACAGUAACGAAGGAAUUAGUUUUGAAAGUUUGUCCACAUGUUGAAGUUAAAAAGGGAGUUGAAGAACCUGACUUUCAAUAUAUACCAGAUAUACCUCGUGAUAAAUCCAAACUGGUUAGACAGCCAAGUUUGUUAGAUGAAUCAAUAUUACUUCUUGGUGAUGGUUUAGAAAGUGGUGCUACUAUUGCACAAUUUGAACACUUGUACAGAAAGAAACCAGGAACAACUAUGAAAACUGCUAAAUUGCCUGAAAAUCAAGCAAGAAAUAGAUAUAAAGAUAUAUUGCCAUAUGAUACAACAAGAGUAAUUCUUCAUGGAGGGAUAACUGAUUACAUAAAUGCCAGCUAUGUGAAUAUGGAAAUACCUAAUACUGGUAUUAUAAACAAGUAUAUUGCUACCCAAGGACCUCUUCCAAAUACUUGUGCAGAAUUUUGGCAGAUGGUAUGGGAACAGGAUUCUACAAUUAUUGUUAUGGUUACAACUUUAACAGAACAAGGACAAGCAAAAUGUUAUAGAUAUUGGCCUCAAUCUCUGAGAGAGUCAAUUGAAUAUGGUCCAUUACAAAUAACUUUGGUUCAAGAGGAAGAAACACCAACUGGAAUUUUUCGUCAAUUUUCUGUACUUAAUGUAGAGACAAAUAAAUUACGUAGAAUAAUACAGAUGCAAUAUGUAUCGUGGCCGGAUCAUGGUGUUCCAGAAAAUGAUGAAGAUUUUUUUAAUUUUGUUGGACAAAUUAGACAGAAGAGAAAGGAAACAAUGGAACCAAUAAUUGUUCAUUGCAGUGCUGGAGUUGGAAGAACUGGAGUUGUUAUCUUAAUGGAAACUGUAAUGUGUUUAAUUGAAGCCAAUCAGCCAAUAUAUCCUUUAGAUAUUGUACGAACAAUGAGAAACCAAAGGGCAAUGCUCAUUCAAACAACAAGUCAAUAUAGAUAUGUAUGUGAAUCAAUUUUAAAAGUAUACAAUGAAGAAAUUGUAAAACCUGUUAAGGAGUAAGAAGAGAAAUAUUCAGGGUAUAUAUUGUGUCAACUUCAAUGUGAAACAACAUCUUAUAAAAUAUGAAUAUAUAUUUUUCUACAAAACUUAAGAGAGAUGUUGAUUUCAAGCAGUAUUACUGCAUUAUUGAUGUUACGAUGCUAAAGCAUAUAUUUUGUUAUCUGUGUCAUUUGGACAGUUUAGAGAUUUGAUAUCUUAAUUGGAACACCAGACAUUAAACCAUAUCAUUUUAUAAAAAUUUUAUGAAACACCAAACAAUUCUUAUUAUUCAGAUGUAAAAUAUUUUGAUUUUUAUUGUUUAAUCCAAAUCUUA